AUGAAGGGUUUGUCCAGCAGCCGGGCGCACCACCAGCUGGUGUCCUACGACCCGUCCUACGACCCGAUGGGGCACCACCACAUGGACCGUAAACCCUUCCUCCUCAGUCAGAUGGACAUGCCGGUCCCUGUGCCCAGCCCCUCGGACUACUACAACCCCCAACACUUCCCCUCGGACUCCAACAGCAUCGUGCCGUACGGGACCUUCCCGCGCCGCUGCCUCUCCACCUCCUCCUCGCACCACGCCGACAGCCGAGACGAGAGCAUGGCUGUGGUGCCGUACGUGGGGGGAGGCGGCUACUGCGGGAAGACGCCGACCAGAGUCCCGGCGAGCUACGAGCUGGAGCGCCAGUCGUCCUUCUCCAGAGACGGUUACCACACGCUGCAGUACAAGCGCGGCAUGGUGGCCCCCAACAACAACAACGACAGCCCCGGCAGGAUCCGGCACCUGGUCCACUCUGUGCAGAAGCUCUUCACCAAAUCUCACUCUCUGGAAGGACCGCACCACACGCCGUCCGUGAAGGCGCCCAGCAACGGCAGCGUGAGCGUGAUGGGCGGCGAGCGGGCGAGCGGGGGAGGCGGCUCCAGCCCCAGAUCCCGUGCGAGUCCUGACGGGGAGUCGACGGCAGGAGGAGGAAGCCGUCAUCGUAAACGCAGUAAAAGUCGCGAGCGCUGCAGGUCUGCGGAGCCCAAGCACCGCGCGCACUACCACCAUCACCAGCUGCACGGGUCCGCCUCGGCGCCCGGCUCCGGGUACUGGAGCUCGGACGACAACCUGGAGCGUGAGCUGUGCCUGUACCACCCCCCGCCCUCCCCCGCACCCUCCCUGUCGCCCUCCCCCAUCGCCAUGACGAUCAGCCGGUAUCCAGGCCAGCCGCCCGAGCCCAGCUACACCCACAGCCCGCUAACCGUGUCCCAGUCACAGCAGUACUUCAGCAUCAUGGACCCCUACGCCACUAACACGCUGAACGAGCACUCGCCGCUGACCCACUCGCACUCGCAUCACGGACACCACUCGUCGUCAUCGUCUCAUCAUCACGGACACCAUCACCACGGCAACCACCACCAUCAUCACGGCAACCACCACCAGCCGCUCAAGGUGUCACGCAGUAAUGAUGUCAUCACCAAGUACACGCCCGCCAUCAGCAAUAACACGCCUAAUAACGCAGACCGAGGGGGCUCUCAGAGCGGAGCACUGGUGCCCUUAAACAUGUCGGAGAAGAAAGGCGCCUGGUCGUCCAGUCUCACGGUGAGCAGAGCCAGGCCCCAGAGCCCAGGAGCUGCCAGUAACCUAAGCCUUCUAGAUAGAGCCCUAGUGAAAGCUCAGGCCAGUCAGCCUCAGCAUCAGCCUCAGCCUCAGCAUCAGCAUCAGCAUCAGCAGCAUUUCCUCCAGCUCAGUCAGCAGCACUUUGGAUCCUUCAUCAUCAAGAGUCUGCUGCAGAUUUAG